UUACGGCCGUGGGGAGCAAAAGCACUAAUUGCUCGCGGCCCCUUUAAGGCAGGAGGCAGCCGGAAGUGCUGGCGGCCGAGUCGUGGAGACGCCUGCGCAUGCUCGCUCCUUCCUUCUACUCACCCUCCCCCCCCCCUGCUUAACAGCCCCGGACUCGGCCGCUCGGAGACGCACACUUGUCUUCCAUUCUCUUGGACUUCAUGUGGGCAAAUGGCAAAUGCUGAAGUAAGCAUCCCUGUAGGGGAUGUUGUCGUUGUGCCAACUGAAGGAAAUGAAGGGGGAAAUCCAGAAGAUACCAAAACUCAGGUGAUAUUACAACUGCAGCCAGUGCCACAAGGGGUUUAUCAAGAGAGCUCUGAGACCAGUACGGCUGUAGUGGCCGUGGAAACGCACACCAUACACAAGCUUGAAGAAGGCAUUGACCCCAGCACCAUCGAAACAAAUGAAGAAAUUGAGAUUGCCUACCCCAUCACCUGUGGAGAGAGCAAAGCCAUUCUGCUCUGGAAGAAAUUUGUUUGCCCAGGAAUCAAUGUCAAAUGUGUCAAGGUAACAGCACACUAAAGCUGUCCUUGCCAGC